GGCCUACAGCACAGGAUGUACAUGCACAUGACAUUUACUUCCGAGGGGUGACAUGUUUGGUGGUUGUCUUCGGAUCUAAUCCCCAGUCCGUUCCACUGAGGGACAGAUCACAUGCGCAGGCAAGUGUCGUGACUGAUGUUGCAACUUGGACAAUGGAGGGUGUCAUAAUAUGUUGUGAGGAUUCAUGAAGCGCGAUUGUUUCUGAAAAAGACCGCUGAAUCAAGAUGCCGGCAUUUGGUACAAGCCGACAAUGUGAUCGCCCUGGGUGCAAUGUGGUGCUAUUUAGAAGUGCAGGUAGUGAUUUUCCAUGUGGGCAUAGGAUCUGUAAGAACUGCUCCUCCGAGACCGAAGACUUUUUUCCAGACAAGACCAGGACAGAACAAGCUACCAACAAGGUUCUAGACCGUGCAGAUUGCCCAGUUUGUCAACAGAAAAUCUUGCUGCCACGGGAACGGCUCAAGGAUGUGCCUAUACUCAGACAGUUUCGGAUUGUAAUGGAGAUAUUCGAUGCUUUAGGUCCAUGGUAUUGUGACGAAUGCUCAAAAAGCGAUCUACCUGUAGGUGCGGAGCUGCGCUGUUCGGAUUGUACGAAGAAUUUGUGUGAGGAGUGUGAAAAAACUCAUCUACCAGCAGGGAGUUUAAGUCGUGAGCAUAGAAUAAUAAAGAAAGAGGAGUUCAUAAAAGGCAAGGACUGGGGAGAGGUUGCGCUUGUCCGCAACAACCAGGCUAUGAAAGUCAAAUGUUUGCAGCAUCCUGAAAAGGUUCUUCUGUAUCUUUGUAAUGAGUGUAAAAAACUUAAUUGUGAGGCCUGUCUCCAUUCGUGCUCGUGUAAACGGUGUAAGAAGCGUAUCCGCGCAUGUGAUGUUAUUGAUGAAGUGAAAGAGAUAAUAGAUGGUAUUGCUAUUCAGUUGAAUAAUAGUGUGCAAUGGGCGGAGGAUGACCUUGUGGCAGUCAGUAACAAAAAGGACCAGACUGUCAAAGAAAUAAAGAUGCUUAAGUCAAAAGUUCAGGACGAAAUUUACAAAAGGCAUUGGGUGAAUAAACAAUUGACAUUCGAAGAAGAUAAACCCCCAGACGACCAACUGGAAUUGAUCGACAAUCACAUUGCAGAUAUUGAAACACGUUGCUUGCUAACUGAGCGCAAAUUGACGUAUGAUUCCAAUGGUAAAAGAUUGUUGAAACAGACCAUUACCAUGAUGAGGCUCAUAGACUCAAGGUCUCAAUCUGAGUAUUCGGUUAUCUUGUUGGCCUUUUUACAGUUUAACUCGGACGUCAGGGAAAUGUGUUAUAGAGACGAUUUUAAUACAACAAUCGAGUUCGUGACUAAAACGAAGUGUAUGUACCAUCAGAACUGCUGUGACGAUAUCGAAGCUUACCCGGUAUCGGUCCAAACAGGUGGUGUGCAAAUAAAGACAAAGAAGGUUUGCAUAAAAAAACUGAACACAAGGGUCGAAAAGGACAACAAACAGCCCUACAUUGGAGGACUUACUGUCCUUGAGACGAGCAGUAAUGUCAUCAUUUCGGAUAAUAGAAAUAAAGCUCUCAAAUGCUUUACUGCAACCGAGAUACAGCGCUCACCAGUGCAGUUGCCGCACUACGAAUACCACUUGGACUGGCGAUCUCCAGGUGGGUGUGGUAGGGAAAUUGAAAACCCGGGUGUCGUGUACACGACGAAUACGAACAAAUUACUGGGACUUGUUGACAAUAAUGCCGUGUUCGAAUACGAGCCAAAGCGUGGUAACGUCAAAAGUGUCAAGAUGUCACCGAACAUAAUCGGCGACGCAACUCACAACAACGCGCACGAGCGCUUGUCGGCAAAAGUCAUGUAUCAGACGCAUAAAAUGAACGCUUAUUUGUCGACGUCGAUUAUGUCGGACGCUUUACAGUGCGGAGUCGUAUUGCCGCAGUUUCUUGCGAACUUGUCCGUGACUCCAUGGUUUUACUUCACAACAAAGAAUGAAAGAGAAGGCCACGUGAUGGUGAGCAUCGUCAUAUCCGGUUUCGAGAAAAUCGACGACCUGGAGGAGAACAAACGGGCGGUGGUGCUCUUUCUUUACAACGGAUUAUUGAUGCGGACCGUCUAUAUGCCAAGUCGGGAACCUGCGGGUAUCUCCUAUAAUACAUCAGACAACUGUGCAUACAUCGCAGACUACACUUACAAUCGCGUUGUCGCCUUCACAGAAAAAGGAAAAUUUGUGAAGGUCCACUUGGAUAAAGACGAUGAAAUUGAUAAGCCCAUUGGUAUUGUUUUCGAUGUGCAAGGGCGCCUUCUUGUGGCACAAGAAGACGGCAAUGUUAAAAUAUUCCAGCGGGAUGAUGAGGUAGUGGUUGAGGGGAGACCGGCAGUCAAACCUCCAACUUAUAAAUACUUUGUGCCUGCCGUCAGCAGCUUACCACCAGAUACAGAAGACGAACCUGACUUUAACAAUAUUACAUUUUAGUGGUUUUGAAGUCACAAUGGGUGAGGUCAAGUGUCUGAGUUAUGGUAAUAGUAAUGGUUAUGGUAUAGUUAACUUUUACUAUUACUACAGGAUUUGUUCACCUCUCAAAAACUAAAGUUAACCAGAAGGUAACUACAAGUAAACUCAACUUCCACACUUUGGUAAAGUAAAAGUAUAGUUUACCCUUAAUUAACCUGAGCGUUUUGAAUUUCCUGGUGAUCCUAGUACAGGAAAAUGUACUGGGUUUACUUUUACCUCUAGGCUGUCAACUGUUAGUUUACUGGAUUGGUGGACAAAUGUUUUAGUAAAAGUAAUACAGAUCAAAUUCAGCCAUGUUGUUUGUGCCCGUGUUUCAAACAGCAGGCAGGAAAAUUUUGAGAGGAGGCCUGCAUAUUCAUUGGAACCAGUUAGUGUGCGACUCGGACUGACUGAGCAACAACUAGAGGAGAUAUAUAAUGGAUGAAUACCAUCACUUCAGGGACAAAGGGAGGGCUCUUUACCUCACUUCCCGAAGACGCAUUGAAACGUUUCUUCUAUAUUUAGCUGGAGGUGGGUACCAUAGCCAGGCAGCCUAUGCCCAAGGUAUCGCUAAAUAAAUCUACAGCAAUUUUCUACAAUAAUGAAGCCAUGUAAGGUAAAAUGGGGUAAUUGUAGCCCCGGUCUAAUUCUAGCCCCUGACUAUGUUUUUGAUUUAUAUUCCGGCAACCAUGGACUUAUUCAGCCAACCCAAGCAUGGAUAUGAAAGAGGUGACUCUUGAGUAUCACAACAUAAAAAGUAUUGGAUUAUGCAACAUGUUAUGUAAGAGCUUUGACUAUAAGAAGUAAAAAAUCAGACACGUGCACAAAAAAAGUUGGGAUCGAACUUCUUGCAGGUAUGAAUUUUCCACACUUACAGAGCAUUGUUAUAUUUGAAACUUGGUUCAGAUUAUCAGUAUUGAGUGUAGAGAAUGUUGUAUGCGGCAUUGAUGUCAUUAUUUAAAGUAAAUUUUUCAGAGAUACUUUUCUGACAAAUGUACCCUCGAGGUAUUUGUAGCCCGUUGGUUCGGGGUAUUUGUAGCCCCUAUAGAUAGCUCAAUAUAUCCUGUCAUAAAUCAUGAAGAAGCUAGGUUUCUUUAUUCUUAUUCCUGAAUUAUAUUUUUUGAUCAUAAAUCUAUCUGAUUUAGAUACAAAAGAUACAAUGGUUGCCCUUUAUGUACCAACAAUGAUACAUUUGAGGUUUCAUGCUAGUUUAUCUGACAUUAUUUCGAAAUAAAAUAUUUUCAAAGUUACUGGUGUCUCUUGUUAAAGCCAUACCAUUGACUAGAUAGCAGCAUUUCUCAUGGUACUUGUACAAUGCAUUACCAUUAAGUGAUGCCAGCUAUAAUUGGGGUUGAUACUCUCAGAAGCAUUGUUUUAGAUAAAAUGCUCUGAAUUACAGGCUAUAUUAUGGAAGAGGUGCCACUACAAGAGCCAGGCCGGUUUUGGGGGAAAUCUCUUGCGUAACCUACAUUAUAAGUGAAAAGGGGGCUACAAUUACCCCAUUUUACCUUAUUUGGCAAAAAAUACCAGGUUUAUGGGUUUCCAGGAAUCGGUGGGGAUUCCCCAGAGUUUACCCAGAGUCAACCAUGAGUUUACUAUUAAAGUGUUAACUAAGAGUAGGCUCAUGUAAACUAAUAGUUAACUCUAACUUUUACUAUACCCGUUUACUCAAACAUUUGACCUCACCCAAUGUGUGCUAAGAUGAUCGGGACCGAUGCCCGUCAAAAUAGGCCAAGGCACAGUCCCAGUGCUUGAAAUUGAUGGGCGAGAUAUAUUUUCAGCUGUUCUGUUCAAACUUGAGAGAGAGGCUGUUACCUGAACGACUGCAAAAGUAAUCAGCACGAUUAUCUGAUUAUGCAUGAGCGUAAUCGCGGACAAAUGAAAGAAUUUAGUGUCUUUGAUUGUAGACCGGCCGUGCGAAGGCUAUAUAUAAUAGAUAUGCACGAUAGUUGAUCGUGCGUUACUCCAUGGGUGAGGCUAGAUAAGAGUGUUUCAAGGAGGUGUUUCAAGGUAGUAUUUAUAGUAACCCAGAAGUAUUAAGGUAGCAGGAAGGGUUGGGCGUUUGUGGUUUCUGAGUCUGAGGGGGUUGGUGUCUGUUGACUGUGCUUUAAGAGAGACUAGGCAUGGCGCCAGUCUCUCUUAAAGCACAGUCAACAGGCAUUUGGUCUCAGUAUUUGGGUUUUGAUUGCCAUGACUGUACCCCUGUAAAAGUCAGAGGAGGAGAAGUUUGGAAUGAUGAAAGCAUUGAAGAAGA